AUGGAGAACAAUAAAGAAAUGAAGGCACAGCCAAAAAGAGGUUUAUGGAAACCAGAGGAAGACUCGAUUUUGAAAAACUAUAUUGAGACUUAUGGCGAAGGCAACUGGGCAACCGUAUCUAAGAGAUCAGGGUUGAUGAGAGGAGGGAAAAGUUGUAGACUGAGAUGGAAGAAUUACCUGAGACCAAACAUCAAACGUGGUGGAAUGUCUAAGGAGGAAGAAGACCUUAUUAUCCGAAUGCACAAGCUUCUUGGUAACAGAUGGUCUCUAAUUGCUGGGAGACUUCCUGGUCGAACUGACAACGAGGUGAAGAACUAUUGGAAUACCCAUUUGAACAAGAAGAGCCUUUUAGGAAAAAGAAAAACUAUUGACUCAAACAAGCAACAUGAUGAACACGAAGACAAUAUUGAGAAGCAGGAUAGCAAGAAACCAAGGGAGUUGCAAAAUUCUCAGCCCAUUUUCACCACAAGUCCAGCAAGGACAACAGAUCAGGGGUUGGAUUCGGAUGAGAAGAAAGAAGUGAAGGAAGAGAGCAGUGUUAUAGACAGUGCGGUUCAGUGCUUCAACUAUGACUAUGACAUGGUAGGAACUCCAGUGAUGAUGCACCCCAAUUACUCAAAUUUUGUGUUUGAUGAAGGGCCUUUCACAUCCUAUUUGGAUUCUUUUGUUCUGUUUGAAGCAUUUGGGACAGAUUCAGAUGUGUAAAUGGGAAUCCAAUUAUUCUUGCCUUAGUUACAGCAUUUACGUGGACUACCACCUGGACAGAGCACUUUGCUGGCUGCCGGGAGUUGUUUUGUCCCAAGAGACAAACACCUUUAGGCUUUAGCAGGAGAGUGCAUUGCAUUUGCAUCCUACGUACUACCUUUUGAAAGCAGUGUUAAGCGCAUUAUCAGGAAUUUGUGAGCGUAAACAAGUGAAGUGAGGAUUAUAAUUUUAACUUUAACUAGUAAUUUUGAUCCUAAUGCUUAAGUUAAAAUUAUAAUUCUUUCCUUUUCAGAUUUUUUUUUUAAAAAGCAAAUAGACGAAAUAAUUAAGAGUCAACUUUACGUCUUUACCCAUGACUGUAUUAUUACGAGUAUCAAUGUCAAGUAGAAGAUCCAAUCUUUUUUUUUCAGUGUUUAUUUGUAAUAUAUAUAAAAUUUAUUGAU